UUACCGCCUCUUACCACUCUGCAGAAAACGUUUAAACACAAUCGCCUUGUAGAGUUCUGAGAGCAGAACCAAAGAAAUAAACUGGAAAGGAAGGAUCUGUACAGGAAGGGCUGCUGCUCAAUGGGAGAGUAUCUGCACUGCAUGCAGAAGGUCCCAGCCCGGUGAUGUAACUGCAGCGAGGCACAACAUGAACGCGCUCCCCCUCCUCUCCCCCAGCCGCCUGAGAUGGGAGAUGACCCACCCCAGUUGCGAGCAAUCAGUUGGAAGCCCAGCAAGCCCUGGGGACUGUUGCUUAGCAACAUCAAACACACACACACAGGAGUAAAAUUCUGCAAGAGCAAAAGACCUCUGGAUUCCCGGGUUAAAACAUGGAUGCAGACCCAGAAAAGAGUGAGGAAAGUUCUGAGAGGAGCCCCAUCAGGGACGCACCUCCAGAAGCAGACGAAACCAGCCCACAGGUUGCGGUUAGACUGCUGUCUCCAGGGACUGAUGCUCAAUGGAAGGCCAUUUUCUAUGACACCAUACAACCAAGGGCUUUGGAUCUGCAGGAAGUGAGGGUGGACAAAAUCCACAAGAGCAAGAUGCUAGAAAAAAAGGCGGAGAGGAAAGAUCCCCCUGACAGUCAGACCCGCGACUGGUUCAGCGAGGAGAUGAUGACCCUGGAGACUCGGGCGUACCUGCUCGAUAAGCUGCUCCCCACGCUAAUCCCCGGUGUGGAGAAACUGCUCAUGGUCGCAGAGCGGAAGAAGGUUGUAGAAAUGGAGGAGUCUGAGCCCUGCACGUUUAACCCGCUUAUUUUCCUGGGAGAGUACCUGAUGAGGCACAACCCAGCCUAUGAUAUUCCUGCAAUACCAAAUCCCUAUGUGCGUGGAAUGAAAGUCGUUGCAGACGAGAUGAAGACCCACGUGCCCGAGACGACGAUGCACAAGCUAGCCCAGAUGAAGACGCUGGUCAAAGAAAAACGCGGGCAAAGGGAGCAAGUGGAGAAGAUCAAGGCUCACGUGAAAGACAUGCGCAAGGAGGCUCUGUCCAUGCAGUUCAAAGAAUGGACGAUGGAUUUCACCAGGCAGAUACCGCUUAUGCUGAUCCAAAGUGCCCUGAAGUCAUUCCUGGAGACUGUCUCUUCAGUACCCAAUGAUGAUGGGACAGGAAUCUAUGCCAGGCCCCUGGAAGCUGUAGGUUCGCUGACGGUGAAGCUGAACGAAGAGGAGUUUGCAGAGUAUCUCCUUUCUUACAUCAAAAAUUUCAGCAGCGACAUGUUCCAGCAACUGCUGCAACACCUCCUACAGUGCGCCAACAAUGCACGAAACACAAUCAGGCACGAUGUCUGGAGGCAGAUGUUUCUCCAGCUGUUCUUUGACUGCGACCAUGGAAAGGUGGGGCUCUUGGACAGACUGAGGAUACUAUAUUUACUGGAGAUCGUCUAUGACAACUGCCCACUGCUUUACAAGACAGGAUUCCUUGACCCAAGGAAAUGGCCAAUUAUUGAACUGGACGAUAUUGAGUUUAUUGAGUUUUGGGGGAAUAUGGAAGACGACGAGCCAGUUAUUUCAGAGCAGCCUAGUCUCCAGGUACCAACCCAUGAACUUGGAUUAUCUGAGGAAGCCAUUGCCCUCAAGUUGAUCCUGAAGGAGAUACUGUCUGAUGUGGAUAUGGCUGCAUCCGAAACAAGCAAUGCCCCAGUGGAGUCAAUGGCUGUUGGCCAAGAGGAAGCUGAGUUGGAGCAAAAGGUCAGCAGCGUAGGAAAGGGGAGUGAAGUUGUUCCGGCAACAGCCUCACGGGAUCAGACAGAAAUCCCGGCUGCAGAGCUGGGACCUGGCAGACCAGCGGUUCAGGAGGAACAAGAUCCACCUGCCACAACCGUAGUUGUAUUGGCUGCCGAAGAAGCUGCUGUACCUGCCAACGGAGAAGCAGUACCUGCCGAUGGAGAAGCCGUACCAGUAACCAUCCAGGCCAAACCACUGCAGCCGAUUGCGGAAAUGGAGGAGGCUGACAGGGAUCCGAUGCCCAAAAGUUCUGCUCCCGUUUCCCUUGCGAAGAUGCCAUCUGGUCUACAGCAGGCACCAGACCAAGAACUGGGCCCUGGCAAAGAGGCUGACUCAGAGGGCCAUGAUGCUGCUGCUGCUGUGAAGGAAAGCAAUGCAGAAGGGGCAGCUACACAGGAGGAGCCAAGGAAGGAAGGAGAACCAGGCAGUCGGGCGCAGCUGCACAGGAGCAGUGAAGGAGUGCCGGGCCCAAGCAAACUGCUAGGAGACAAGCCGACAGAUCUACUGUCAUCACCCAUUGGACAAGGCAGCGAGAUGUCUGAAAAUGCACCUCAGAUGAUAUACGGGAAGAUGUGGCCAGGUGACCUUCAGACGGCUGAUCUGUCCUUCAAGUAUACCGACUAUGGCAAGGAAAUCCGGGAGGACUGGAACAACGAAAACACCAGGUUUCCAGACCUGCGCAUGAAUAUGAUAGAACUCCAGGCCCGUGGACCUCCUUUUUCCACAAGUACCUUUGAUAAGACAUCCCUCAACCUGCCACAGUUUGUGCAGCUCAUGGAGACCUUUGUUGGUGAAGAAACAUCUCUGCCAAACCUGAAAAGGCUUGUGGCGUUUGUGAAGGAAGGUUACGUGCAGACGGAGAAAGAAAAGAUCACUCAGCUGGAAAGAAUCCACCACAAUUCAUUCUUGGUCCGGCAACAACUCCUUUUGGCUGCACUCUUUGAGAAGUGGGAUAAUGAAUGCUCUGGGUUCUUAGACAUGGAGGAGGUGGAUGCUGUUCUGUCGACCUUUAAGGAAGGGAUGGAGGAAGAGGCUUUGAACAAAGCCAAGCUACAGCUCCCCAUACCCCAGUGGCAUCCCAGCGGGAUUGUGAAGUUAUCCCAAAGAGACUUCCAAACCUACAUCGAGCUGGUGGUCUCUGAGCUCACUGGCAACGAAGAUGAAGUCCUGGAUAACGUCGUGGAGUUUCUCAUGAUGACGGUGGAGCGGACCCACACAGAGCGGCUGCGAGGCAGCGCACGGCGGAAAUGGCUGCUUGCAAUCGAGAACUCAGCCCUGACCAACGGAGGGCGCAUCGAACCGGUGUACGACGCUGUCUUCAAGGCUCUUUGUCGGGACGCAGAUAACCAUGGAGACUGCAAGAAGAUCAGUGCAUACAUCGCCCUUUUGGAGUAUAACCUCGCUUCCCCAGAGCGAGGAGAUAUUCUCCUCCACUAUGUAGCUUGCACAGAAGAUGAUGUUCCGUGUGUCCUAAACCGAUCACUUUUCAUGGAUAUGAAAGGGGUCAGCUUUGCAGCAGCAUUAGAUGACAAGCCAGUCCACGUCCCCAGAGUUCAGCUGCAUGGGAACAUCCACUUUUGGAACGAGGACCGCCUCCCAGAUGAGAGGAAGGGCUCCUUCUUGGUGCUGCCGCUUGAGGAUAUCCGAAGGCGAGUCUUUGGCGUUCUUGGACUGGACACACUCCGGGACAAGAAUGAGAAGACCAUCUUUGUACCCCACGAAAUCCGUUUCUAUCAGGCGAUUGCAAACUCAUUCAGCAUAGCCUACCACCACAUCCGCACCAAGGAAAGCAUCAUGCAGGUGAUCAUCACUGCUGUGGGAUGGGUCUCCGCCCGCGUGGGGCAUCUCCACACCAUCACUGCAUACUUUAUGGAGCCUGGCGAGAGCAGGAUGCAUGACUACACCUUGCGUAAAGUAAUGGCUUCGGAUCUGAAAGGGCAGGUGGAGAUCCAGCCCCCUCCAGGUCCUGUGCUCAGCAGAAAAGAUAACAUCUUCAGAGAUUACCUGUUCAAGUGCAUAGACUGUUCUGAAGUGGUUACCAUGUAUGUGUAUGAAGAGCAUCAUAUUGCCGUUCCACUGAGAAAUCAAAUGGGCCAGGCCAUUGUGGUGCUUGACCUCAACCUUGGAAACCACCAAAGGCUGCCAUCUUUUGAGCACAAGGACCUGCAGAAGAUGCUCAAGAUAAUGCAAGCUGCCACUUGUGAGAUACUGAAAGAAGAUUCUGGAGAGAAAGAUCCACUCUACGUCUUGGAGGCAGAGUAUGUUGGGGACUGGCGGCGUGGGGGAGUCCUCUUCUACCGAUUCAUGCUUCAGGACUUGCAGAACUGCAUCUGGAAUCUCGACCCUUGGUUUUCCUUCGGCGAAAUAAGGUGCUUUGAACAGCCUCCGGCCCUCGUGCAUACAAUACUGAAGUGUGUACUGCUGAUUUUGUACCCUCAGUGGGCUGGUACACAGGAGGUUGAGGACUGGAAUUGUUGCAUACAGAAAAUGGAUGGAGAACUUAUUGAAAACAUUUGCUACUUUGAUCCCACUGCUGCCUAUGUGGAGAUUCGACCAGAGACUCUGUAUAGCUGCCUCCUUGGUACACACAGAAAAGCUGUGUGGAAGUUUGGCUCAGCUCCUGUGGAGUAUCUCUACAACUGGGUGAACACCUGUCUGUCAUUAAUAGAGCUGGCAAAGAAACUUCAGCAUCGCCCGAGUAUGGGAACAUCAUCUUCAGUUCUAAUCACUCCCACCCUGUCUCGGUCGAUUAGGUCAUCCCAGAUUUCAGCGAACACAACCCAAAAUUUAGCUGUUUCUUCAGUUUAAACUUGUUAUGUUUAAAGCAAAUAUUUGAUGUUUAAAUGUCUCUCUCCUCCUCCCUCCCUUAUUGAUAGCAGCUCUCACUUAGUGUGUGCGAGUGAUUUAAAAGGUGAAAUUAUACUUCAUGACAGCGUCUUUACAAAUGUUCAGAGGUAGAUGUUCUGAUAAAAAAGGUGGGAUAUGGUGACCUUAAGGGACCAGGUGGAUUGCUGCCAACUUCCAUUUAAUCCUGACAGUAGAAAGGAGGGGAUUAAAGGGAAGAGGAAUUGCAAUGGUACCUCUUUACAUGGUUCACAAAUGAUUAAAAAGAACAGCAGACAGAAGGAGAGAAGAGCAUCGGAAUUAAACUAUUUAUUUACCAAAGCUCUGCUUUCUGAAGUGGCUUUUUAGAAGUCAUUUUAAGCUUGAUAUGAUGGAGAGUUUGUGUUUCAUUUCUUCUGGGGGGGGGGAAACACACCUACACUCUCAUUUUAAGGCAACAGGGAGCUUUUUGAUUGGCUAGAGCCUGAGAUGAUGACACACUUCAGUGUUCUGAUGCAAGAUUUCAUCUUUGCAAUAAUUUAUCUUUCAGUAGAAUCUUUUUUAAAUAAAAUUUGGGGAAAUUAAAAGUUUUUUUCCCAUUCUCCAGCUGACAAAAAACAAUGGCAUAU